GGCAGGAAGCUAGCACUAACAUUUCCAGCUAGCCGUUGCUAGCUAGAAAAUUUCUAACGGUUGCUUGGUGACGUCAUGAUUCUUGUCGACCGUUAGUUUAAAUUUCGGGUGACGUCACGCCGUCAGCCGUUAGCCGUUAGCUCGUUCUGAACCCUGGUCCCUUCAUGGAGUCCUUUCAGACGGUCUGGCCCGGAUCCUGGUCGUACUGUCCCGGACCCGCGCCCUACGAGCUGCCCGUCCCCCGGCUCGAGUACUCGGACUACGCGAGGGUGGUGGUCCCUUGUUACUGCAGCAGGGUGACCCAGAACCAGAACCAGAACCUCAACCAGAAGGAGAACAGGAGGUUCUUUCUGGACAGGUCUGUGUUCGAUUUGGUGGACGCUCAUCCAUACCUCUCCCUAACUGACCCCAAGCUGCUGGGCUGGUACCUGCGUUUGUCUCCAGAGGACAGGAAGCUCAUACAGGAUGAAGGAGGGUUUCAUCAGUUCCUGCAGAGGCAUCCUGCCCUAGAACUGUCCAGCCAUCAUGUUUAUGUAAAGUAUAACAUUAGAAGUGCCAAACCCGCCAAACCCGCCAUGACCUCCACAAAGAAAUCAGGAGGAAAGAAGUGCACAUGUGACGAGGAGCUGAACAAGCUGCCCAGUCACCUGAGGGAGACUUUGAGCCUGCUGAGCUGCUGCAACGACAAUGAACCCAAAACACGUCCCUGUGAACAGCUGGUCCCGCUACAGGACAGCUUCCAAACCGUUUUCAACUACCACAGCACUCAGGAUCCAAAGCUCCAAAAGACUCACAAAGGUCUGUCUCUGUUUCAGCUGAAUGAAGACGGUGCUUCAUGGCAGACGUCUCCAAGCAGCAGUGUGGCUUUGUGCAAAGAUCCAGUGGCCCUGGCGAGCUUCUCUGUGGACCUGGAGCUGGAGAGAUGCAGGCAGCAGGAAAAUCCUGAGCUUAGGAGCCAGACUGUAACGACACAAAGCCAGAGUGCAAACGUAUCCUAUCCUGAAGUCAGUGCGUUACAGUCCGAGUGGCCACCGUUUGAAAGCGACUCUCCCUCUCAGUACUUCAGCUUCAACAGCGUCCUCAUGGAUCCUGCGGAGUUUACUGACAGCAAAGAGAGCGCUGUGGACGAUAAGGAAGCCGUCUUAAGCUGUAAAGAUUCAGGCAAUAACUUCCCCAGCGUCAUGAAGGACGACCGGAGCAUCCUGGCCUGUGUGACCGGAGACGAGAGGACAGCAGACAUCGCUGAGUCCUCUCAGUCUGCAGGAACGCUCACCUGCGCUCCUCCUCCUGUCACCACCUGUGAGGUCAUGGUUGGGACCGAGCCGCCACAGCGUACGACAGCUUUCUCUCAAACGGAGGCGCCAGGAUCCUCUGACAAACACGUCAUCACUGAAGUCCACAUGGCAGACCUGGACUAUCUCACUGAGGAAUUCAUGAAACUGAAGAGAGCUGAGGAGGAGCUGAGGGAGCUGAGACUGAAGAUGAAGAGCCCUGGUUGUGUGCUGAAGAAGGAAUGUGAGUGUUUGCAGCGAGCUCAGCAGGCAGAGCUGGGCCUCCUGGCUCUACAGUACAGCAUGUGCAGACAGCACUGCUGGAGACUCUACUGCACGUCUGCUGAGGGAGACCAGCUCACACCAGAACCAAAGGAUCCUCCUGCAAACAUCGAACACGUCGUGCAAAAGCUGGAAACAGACUUCAAUCAGAUGAGGGCUGAGAUCCUGAGAGGGGUUCCCCUGAAGCGACUGAAGCCUCUGUCUGUCGACUGUGAGAAGAUCACGACUGGAGGAAGUUAUGUCCCUGCACAGAUCGUCCGUGAUGUUCUGGGGAGUGUCCCUGCAGGCCGCUCUGAGGAGACGCAGGAACACAAAGUACAGAGUGAAGACAAAGGCUGUCCGGACGCUCGGAGCAGAAACAUCUGUCAGCAGAGAAAAGAGAAAGAGAUGAAGAAGGAGAGCAAAGCAAAGAGAGCGGUAACUCUGCUCCUCCAGGAUAAAAACACCACCCCCAACGUCCCCAACGUCCCCAUCAUCCCCAACGUCCCCAACGUCCCCAACGUCCCCAACGCACACAGGCCUGAAGAGCAGCAGACAGUGACGUGUAGAGAGCUGAACAGCAGCGAGGCGUGGUACGACGCUGAAGAGGAUCUAGAGCCUCCUGGACCUGCAGCGGCUCCUGAGACGGGACGAGACGCAACCAAAGAUGAGCCCGGCGGCACAGAAUCUCCCCGUGAGGACGUCCAGCUCUCUGUUCUGUUUGUGUCUAACCUGCCGAGUCACGUGACCAAGAGCGACGUGAUGAAGUGGUUUGAGAAACACAACGCCUCUGACGUCAGCAUCUCUGAUUUACAGAAUGAUUUAAGAGUUGCCUUAGUGAAGAUGAGAGGAUCCCAGUCUGCUGAAGCUGCAGUCAGAGAGCUGAACGGCUGCAACAUGCAAGGCCAAACUUUACACGUGGAGCAGGUCAUCGGGGCCGCUGGUGGGAGCCAGAACCGGGUCCAGGACUCCAUCAAACAACCUGAGGCUGCACAGGUGGACAAAGCACCUCAGACCUCCAACAAUGAGUCCAGUAAACCUGAGAGAAAGCUGGUCUCUCAGCCACCGCUCAGCUCCAGCACCAAGAACAGGAAAGUGGUCUGCAUCUCCCCCACCGCGAAGGAAACCAGCGUGCCCCAACAUUACUGCACCAUGAGCGGCUUCGACAGCCUGAUGGCCGAGCUGACGCAGAGACACUCGGACGUGGGCAGGCAGAGGAUCGUGGACGCUCUGAUCGAGCUGAGGGCCAAGCAUCACGGGGUCCUCAGCGGCCUGCCCCUCAGGACCAUCAGAGACCUGACGUCUGAGAUCCUGAGCAGGUCGGGUCCUUCAGCGCAGUGAUGGAGGAGACGCACUUUCAUAAUUUGUUAAUAAUAAUCUGUUUGAAGCUCUUUGUUGGGAGGAGAGGAUCUAAUGUCUAAGAAAUGAUCCUGAAGUUGUAAAGAGUCACAGGGCCGUGUUUUAUUUCUGACUGUUUCUGAUUGUUAAAGAAGUUGUUUUAGAGAAAGUGAAAGGUCCUCCUUUGACACACAUUUAGCAGUUAAAUUAAUUUAUAAAGAGAAGAAAUGCUGUUUAAUGUUGAGUACAGUUUUAUAUUCAGCAGCUUUUGUUCCUACGUUUGUCCUCCGUCAAUAAAAAGGACGCUUUAAGAUA